AUGUCCGAGUUCAACGGCCGGCGGGCCCCUAACUUCUCGCAAUACCUCAAUGACUUGAAUGCCAUUCCAUCCCCGUACGAUCAGGCGGUCCAACAGCAGCAGCAGCAGCAAGACUCGUUCAACCUUGACGCCGACCUGUCCCUAUUUACCAAUGCCGAGUUCUUCGAUUUCGACAACUUUGGAGAUCUGAAUCUGCCUACCUUUGACUCUGUGGAGGACAAGAAUUUCAAGACAGAAAGCAAGCCAAAUGUGGACCAGAGGUCAGAUAUGGAGUUCUUGGACUUUCUAAGUGGUGAUGGCUUUAGCAACGCACAAAACUACUCAGCACAUGACUUCGGCUCCGUGAGCACUCAGUCGCAGGCUCAAUCAUUGUCAAACUACUCCGUCCCGCAGAUGCCUAGCGGACCAUACAAUGCCCACCACAGCCCGAGUCAAUCGUCCGCUGUCUCCUCGCCGCUUUCUGCAGCUCCAUCGAAAGCACCUGCGUCUGCGUCAGCCCCCACGCUUGCUGCGGCUUCUACGCCCGCCGCGGCGCCGAAGCGCAAGAACACGCAGAAGCCGGCUGCCAUGAGUGUCGAGGAGGCUGCACGGAACGCGGCAGAGGAGGACAAGCGUCGACGUAACACAGCGGCCAGCGCUCGAUUCCGUGUGAAGAAGAAGAUGCGUGAGCAGGCUCUGGAGAAAACUGUCAAGGAGACCACGGAGAAGAACACUGCACUGGAGGCGCGCGUAACGGCAUUGGAGCUGGAGAACCAAUGGCUGAAGAACUUAAUCACAGAGAAGAAUGGCAAGUCAUCCGAGGAGGAGAAGAAGUCCGAAACCGACAUCGCAGACAUGUUCCAAAAGUUCCUCGCAUCUCAAAAGGGCAACAAAGGACGGGGUAGUUCCGAGUCGCAGAUCGAUGUGGGCACUGUUUGA